UAGGAUAUGACGCAAGAAGCAGUUCCUGUUUGCAUUUUGUCUGCUCUGUCGCUCGUAGAGAAGGUGGUGAAUGGAAAAUGGCGGACGGUGUGGAUCACAUCGACAUUUACGCCGACGUCGAGGAGGAGUUCAACCAGGAAGCAGACUACCCUGUUCACGACCAGAUAGACCUGUACGAUGAUGUCAUCUCGCCAUCAGCCAAUAACGGGGAUGCACCUGAGGACCGGGACUACCUGGACAACCUCCCUGCCCCGGGGGGGUCAGAGGGCAGCAAAAGUGCCCCGCCCAACGUAGUCUACACCUACACCGGCAAGAGGAUCGCCCUCUACAUUGGAAACCUCACAUGGUGGACGACAGAUGAAGAUUUGACAGACGCCAUCCGAUCAAUAGGCAUCAAUGACGUGCUGGAGAUAAAGUUCUUUGAGAACAGGGCCAACGGACAGAGUAAAGGGUUCGCUCUGGUGUGUGUGGGUUCAGAGGCUUCGUCCAGGAAGCUGAUGGACCUCCUCUCAAAGAGGGAGCUGCACGGGCAGAACCCCAUUGUCACGCCGUGCAACAAACAGUCCCUCAGCCAGUUCGAGAUGCAGUCCAGGAAAAGUCCAGGUACACAGUCAGGUCAGAUGUCCGGCGAGGGCAAGGCCGGGCCUCCAGGCAUCGGUCCGCGAGGAGGGUUCCCCAUGGGCAGGGGCAGAGGCAGGUUCCCCGGCCCACCAGGCCCAGGGGGAGAUCGCUUCCCUGGACCCAUCGGCCCCGGAGGUCCCCCGCCACACUUCCCUGGGUCAGGGAUGAGGCCACCAGAGCUCAUAGCCCAUAGACACCAGGAUGGCCAUCUGAUGGAUAUGAAUUUCAAUUGCUUCCCGCCGGGGCGAGAUGGCAACUGGCGACCCAGAGGUGGGAUGCAAGGACCUCCUCGGCCGCCACCCGGACCACCAGGUCCCCCCGGCCCCCCUCCCCCAGGACAGGGCCUCCCACCUCCCAUGUCUGGUCCCCCCAACCGUGGCGACCGGCCCCCUCCCCCAGUCAUGUUCCCCGGUCAGUUUGGUCAGCCCCCCAUGGGCCCCCUCCCCCCAGGCCCCCCUCCACCAGGCUAUGGACCCCCACCAGGGCCGCCUCCUCCACAACAGGGCCCUCCACCUCCAGGACCCUUCCCACCUCGCCCUCCAGGACCCAUCGGGCCCCCCCUUGCGCUAGCCCCACCUCCACACAUGGCCGGGCCCCCCCCAGGCGGUCCCCCCCCAGCCCCCCACGUUAACCCAGCCUUCUUCCCCCCUCCUGGGAACAACAACAUGCCCCCCUCAGACAGUCGGGGCCCCCCAGGACCCAACGACCCGUACGGACGCCCGCCGCCAUAUGACCGAGAUUACGGCCCCGGUGGCAGAAACCGCCACCCCCCUCUAAUCUGUGAGUUUGACCCCAGACCGCCUCGCGACCCCUGGACUAAUGAGGGGCUGGUCGAUAUGAAACAUGGCGGACAGAGCUUGUCUAGUGCGAGCGACCCAGGGGAGAUGGAUGCAGCACGGACGCCGUUGAGCGAAGCCGAGUUUGAGGAGAUCAUGAACAGGAACCGCGCCAUCUCCAGCAGCGCCAUCUCACGAGCCGUGUCAGACGCCAGCGCAGCUGACUACGGCAGCGCUAUUGAGACCUUGGUGACGGCCAUCUCUCUGAUCAAACAGUCCAAGGUGUCGGCUGACGACCGCUGCAAAGUCCUCAUAAGCUCUCUUCAGGACUGUCUCCAUGGCAUCGAGUCCAAGUCCUACGGCUCAGCCUCCAGAGGUCCCAAAUCAAACCCUAUCUCCUGUUUGGACAGACGAGAGCGGUCUAGGGAACGCGAUCACAGCCGUUCUCGCGAGAAGAGCCGCCGCCACAAGUCCCGUAGCCGCGAUCGGCACGAGGAUUACUACCGGGAACGCAGCCGGGAGCGAGACAGGCACCGGGAGAGGGACCGGGACCGCGAGAGAGACCGAGUAGGGCCUGGGAAGGGGGUGGCGGGGACCCGCUAAACCUAGCCCUGGGGCAGCGGCAUGGGGCCUGGGCCUGGAAAGAUCCAGGGAAAUACAGUUAACGGACGAGGAUCAGGAGGACAGACAGCCAACGCUCCAACUACUGGCUGCUUCUGGAACUACACCCCCUCAUCCACCACCUACCUGCGCCCCUGCUCUGCUCUCUCUCUCUGCUUUUCUGGCUGAGGACUGGGAUCCCUUCACAACUGUGUAAGAAAACAGUCUAGUUCUGUCAGUCUGUACUCAUGGUAAAACUGAAAAAAAAAAAAAAGAAAUAAGUGACUGCUCUUUUGAUCUUUUUAUUUUUACAACCGUUUUAUUUGAUAUGACAGUAUAACUACCUGUGUGAAGAGGUAAGCUUUGUGAACUGAGGGUAAAAUGUAAAGAAUAAAUUGCCUGCUCUAUCCAAAACACAUUGAUAAACAUAGACUUUACUUUUUUGACUUGCUAUAAUGUGUAAAUUGUCAGUUUAGAGUCGUUGUUUUUAUAGGGAUUUCAUUUUUUUGUUUUGUUUUCUUCUCAGUGUCCCAUUAGGAUAAUGUUUGUAAAUGUCUGCUUUUGAUGAUUAAAACUAGAAUCUGUGUUGUAAUAAACUGUUUGUUGGGGUUGAAACUUCAUACUUGACAUCCUUCACGUGCAACUAAAGUUUAUUUCAGUUAAAUGUAUUGUUUCCUUUCUAGCUUUUUUUUAAUUUUUUUAUUUACUUUACAAAACAAAUAGUUUGAACAAGCUCAACUAACUUGAUUUCAUUAAUUUGACCUGUUGUCGACCAAAUUUUAGCUUUAAAAGCCAAAGUGUUCUUUUCUUUGUCACUGUCAAAUAUUGGCAUAAAUGGAUACCUAAAAUUAGUGUUUAAUGUAAUAACCUCAACAUUUUAGUCGAGGUAUUGUAUUUCAAUCCAAAACAUUUGGUGUUGUUCAAUUUUAAAACAAUUGAUUAAUGUUCCAUUAUGUUUUCUGCCUGAAGGUGAAAGGUUGUUUACUGGAUACAUCGUAGUAUGGUACUUAAGAAAUAUUUUUUUAAAUACAUUUUUAUUUGUUAUUUUUCGCCAAUUUAUUUUUCCUUUAGUGAUGUGUGCUCUUAUUCAGUGUUCUUUCAAUUACUUCAAUAUGCAUUAUAAUUGGAUAGGACAUUAUUCAUACCGUUGAAAUUGGCAUUCUAAAGAGUCGGGAAGGCAGAAAGACCUGUUAGUGCUGCUUUUGUGCCUUUUUAGUCUGUAAAUAUCCAUUUUUAAAAAUUGUAGACAUGCUCUUGGGCAUGGUUAUACUUCAGUUGUUCGUUAAAAAAGCAACUUGCAUUUAAACGACACUUCCAUAUUGAUAUUUAUUUUGAUUGGUUAAUUUUAUUUUCAUCAAGUGAUUUCAAAACAAAUGGCACAACACAAAAGUAGCACGAACUAUUUAGUAAAUCCCCUGUGAAACAGAAUGCAAAUAUACUGUGUCCAUUCUGCUGUUGGGAGAUGUAUCUCCAGUCAGGUUCUCUUACGAAGGAUAGGUAAGGUCACAAGUUUACCAUACAAAAUAUCUGCACAGUAAUCUUUCCAUGCUGGCUUUAUGGAGAAUUGAAGUCUACUGAACUUUCCUUGUUUUCAUAGUGAUAUUAUCUGUUUAGACAUGAUUGGCUGGUGUUGGUCUGUGGUUGUGAUUUUAGGGAUUCACAGACAAUGCUUGAGAUCCCCCGUUUUCUCUUCAUUGUGGUAAAUCUGUUAUCAAACAUGAUCUUGCAGGCGCCAAGCCUCUUCUGUACAUCUCAUGUCUGGUAAGUGAUUUCUCCAAUCAAGGGAUUAAGGGGAUGGUACAUAGUUCCUGCUUCUCUAACCAGGUUGUUGUAAAGUGAAGGGUGUCAAUUAGCCUGCGUUACAGGCAGAGUAAGGAAGCAUUGACACAAGUCUCCCCAGGGUCCCAACAACAGCCCAGCUUCGGCCGUGAUGGACUAGAGAAGGGUGAGGCGCCUGACUGAUGGUUGUCGGUCGUAUAUACAGACUUAUGUAAUCAGUGUGUUGCUUGCUGGUGGUUAGGCCCCUAUUGAAGAACUUGACAGAAUGACUAGUCAGUGACUCAAAUAACUUGCCAUCUUGGGAUGUCGGAUUUUAGAAUUUAUAUUUUCAAUAAGGUGUCACUGCAUAUUGGAAGCCAUUUGUGAACAAAUGAUGCACCACAUCUGCAUUCCUAAAGUGGUGUGUAUUUUGUACAUAGACGAGUCCUACAGCGAUUCAACAAGAAUGUUCUGACUCAUUGUAUAGUUAUUUUUUACAGCUUUGAGGUAAGAUGUUUGUUUUUUUGUAAGUCAAAAAAUAUAUAUAAAUGGUCCUUAAUAUGUAACACAUGUUGAGGACAUGGGGGAGGGGGGGGGGGGUGUCUACAGUGCACUGUCUUGUUGAAUUUCUCAAAAUAAAGUAGUUGAUUUUCUUGA